AUGGCCAUAAACCCUAAAUAUCUUCUCCACCAAAAAGCGGAAACACCAGAACCUCGCAGAGUUGAGUUGGAUGUUCGGAAUGCUGCUCACUUUUUUAUUCUCGUCAUUUAUUAUGCAGAAACAGCACUAUAUUGCAUCCGUAUACGAGAAGAUAGCGGAAAUCAAAUGGCGCGUGAUUUGAAUACACUGUCCGAGUUGCAUCAUUUCGAGAGAGACUUUGAUAAGGCUACCGCUAUGCGUCUAGAAUACAUUGCUCGGAAUAAUAUAAUGCAUUUACCAAUGGGUCACGAUCGCCCUAUAAUCUUAACCGAUGUGUGGAGGACUUGCAACAAGCUAAGGGGCGCCCUGUUCCGUAUAAAGGGAUUCAAUUUACGGGCCCGACUCGCCGCCUACGAUGCCGAGGCCAAGACUAAGACCGGGGGCGGGCUAAUAACGCUCGACAAAUUCAAAACGGUGCUCCUGGGACCGGUGAGAAAUAUAGUCGCUCUGUCCGAACAAGAAGUGGCUGAUUUGGCCGAGUAUUUUUGCGUCGCCGAUGGCAGAAUUCACUAUUCGCAAAUGUGCGAUGUUUUGGAAUUGCAUGAGUCAGAUUUUUCAAAAAACCAAGACUUGGUUUCUGGCUUGGAAUGGGAGGACCCUUUGCGAGUCAACCGCAUUGCGGAUUGUGAACAAAGGCGAUUGUGUCAAUUAAUUGUCAAGAUCGCUAUGCAAGUCAAACUCAGGGAUAUCUGUCUUAGAGCACAUUUUCAAGAUUACGAAGUAGUAGCUCAAGAUUCAGGCGCCACCACUCUAGAUCAUUUCUCUAGAGUUCUGCACAGGUGUGGUUUAACCUUGUCGGACAAUGAUCACCUUCUACUUAUCAAAAGAUUCCAGCGCGACAGAUUCACAAUAAACCACGUAGCCUUUUGCAAGGCAGUUGACGAAAUCGUUUCCUAUUUGGAUUACACAGGAUUAGAACAAUUCGGUGAUGAACUCAACCACUUAUUCCCGAUGAAACUGAUUAACGCUGAGUUACCUAAAACACAACGUCCAGAAAUUGGCAGAGUCAGAGUGGAUGAUGUCCUAGAAAUUCCUCCUGUAGCAUUUCAUACUAUAGUGAAUCAACCAAGACAAACUGAAGAUUUGAUGACUAUUAUGCGUAGAGUCCAAAGACACGUUUUUUCUAAUAGUAUACGUUGUUCUCACUUUUUUGACGCUGCUGAUCCCUUGCAUACUGGUAAGGUUAGUGUUACCAAAUUCAGAAGUAUUUUGGAUAUGAUUGGUGUAUCAGCUCUGCAUAGACUUCAUUUGAACGAGGACGAAAUUGAUUGUAUUUGCAAAUAUUAUAGGGAUCCAAAUGAUUACCGGUCAGUCUGCUGGCAGACUUUUGAUAACGAUGUAAGUUUAGGAUUUACCGUGAAAGGCUUGGAACGUCUACCUGACCAGGUAAUUGAAAGUCCUCCGCGAGAAAUUAUGGAGAUUCCUCAACAAGGUGCUGUGAGUUGGGAUGAUGUUCCUGAACAUAGAAAACUACUUUGCGAAAAAGCUGUUGCUCAGAUUCGAUCAACAGUUGCUAAUCGUGGUUUGGAUUUGUACAAGUUAUUCAAAGAAUAUGAUCCUGUAAGUACAGGACAUGUAGGCAGGGCUUGCAUGCGUAGAGUAUUGUUAAGUUUUACCCGUAUAGAUGGAUUGUCUUUACGUUGCAUUGAAGACAGAUACUUAGAUGAUCGUGGAUUCAAUUACAGAUUAUUCCUAACAGAAGGCCAACCGCAAGAUAUAGUAGAGCCUUUGUAUAAGAAGUUCUAUGAAGAAAUGCGUGAGUUGAAUGACACUCCAAGAUUGAUUGAUCAACCCAAAGCCUGCGAAAGAGACUUACCAGUAGUCAUCGCUAAAAUUAAAUCCAUGGUUGUUUCCAGACGCAUUAGUGUACUAGAAUUCAUGAAAGAGUAUGAUAAAACUAGAGAAGGUUGUGUAUCUGCAUUUAACUUCAGAAGGUGUUUGAAUAUGAGCGGUUUAGACUUAACAAACACCGAACACGAAACAAUAGCCAAAGCUUUUGCAAGUCCUAAAAGACCAGGUUUUAUAGACCACGUAAGGUUUGGCGAAUGUAUUGAACAAGCCUUUGUCCAACUAUCAUUAGAACGUUCUCCAUUGACAGUACCAAUACAGUAUGUUCCUGCUCCUCAUAUCGGAUGCAGAACUGGUUGUGUCCUUAAUCGUGAUGAACGACGUUUGGCUAGAAGAGCUUUGGAACUUUUAUCAAAGAAACCUGACAGAGUGCUGAAUUAUGAAAGCGUUUUUGAAGAUUUUGAUAGUGCCAGAUGUGGUACUGUGUCUCAGCAUCAAUUUAUGAGAGCUAUGUCAUUGAGAGGUUCUUACCAUUUGUUGACACCGAAGGAAUGGGAUGUUGUGAUGAAGUGUUUCUAUGUGGAGAGAGGUUAUAGAAAAGAGGUUGAUUAUAGGGCUUUCUUGAGGUGUUUGGAUGUUACGAAUUCGACUUUACCUCAAUAUCCAUUCUAG